GUUGCAGGACCAUCCAUGGCCCCCAACCAUGCACCGGGCACAGACGUGGUGGUGGAGGAGUUGCAAGUUCUGGCUCAACGUCGACGUCCACUGCGUCGUCCGCGGGCUCCAGUACCUCGUCCGCGUACAGGUUUGGAGCGGCCAGUCCGGCAAGAAUCCAGGCCGGGAGCGGCGCCGCCGCCGGCAUGGCCGGUUCGGGCGGAGCAUUAGAAGGCCCAGCACCAUCGCGACCUCGGGCGCCAUGUCCAAGACGUGGUCCGCGGCGACGGAAACCGUUCCGGCGGCCUUCGAACCGGCGCAGAUCACGGGCGUGGCGGUUGUGGCGGCGAAGUCCACCAACACAAUAGCGACGGCGACGGCCCUGUCGGCGUCUACCGCCGCUACGAACCGGUGCUUAUGAGAAGAUGCGCUUGUUCGAGAGGAUGCGAGGAGCGGAUGCGAUGGUUGCCUGGAGAGGUUCUCGCACGAACGAGGCGGCGGUUGCCUCGAGAGGAUCCCGUGCAUGCUGUUAUUUACAACAAGGAUUAUCUCUAAUAAUUAAAUCCUAACACAAAUAAGAAUCA